AUGGAAGUUGUUAUUCGUACAGCAACUAUUCUUUCAUUAAUAUUAACAGCAGUUUACUCAGCUAAGUUGAAUCUUUUCAAUACAGACAUGUUUUUACCUACAUUCACGCUGAAAACAAUUGAAGAUGUUCUUACAUUAGCAUUGACAACAAAAGCUACUGAUCGUACAGCAAAUGUUGCUGGUCUAGUAUCAUAUUAUGAUGGUAAAGAAGUAAUCAAAACAUUUAUUAUAUUAACAGAUGAAUUAGAAAAUACAGAGACACAAUUAGCUGACGGCACAUCAAUACAAUUUUUUGAUUUAUUUAUGAAAUAUCGAGCAGAAGUUUAUACUGCUAAAUUAGUAUUUAUUUCCUUCAUUUCCAAUCAGCAUGGCCAGGGUCAAAUGUCUACCGAAUUUCAAGAUGCGUAUGUACCAGAUGUAAUUCAAUUCAAAUUCAGUAGAGAUCGUCUAGAUUUGACAAAACUUGAUAACCUGUUGGGUCUAUUAUCGACUGGCUCAUCAGGCACAUUUUAUGAUCAAUUAGAAAAAUUACAAAAUGAAUUUCAAGAGAAAGGUGUUGAAUCAGUUAUUACAAACUUAUUUAAUAAACAAACGGAAAACUCUAUUCCAAUGGAAACAGAAAUAACGACGAAAUAA